CGUCGCUUCACCAGUCCUGUCUCGCCAUUAAUCCUCCGUCUCGUCUCGCCGAGGAUCGGAAGUCGUCUUCUUCCUCAUCCGUACCGAGCGCCAGACGCGCUCAACCGUACGGGUAGUGGUUGUGCUGGACCGGCUGGAUGUGAUCUCCAGCGGCGAGAAUGAAAGCGACACGGCCAUAAAGGAGCGUCUCUCCCCCACGUCGGCCUUGUUAGUAGAGCGGUUACUUUGACCGGCCGAGAUAUGAGGAACCCACGGACCGAUUUAGCCUUGACAUUCUGGCUAUUUCUAGAGGCUGUAGAGGCCAAAAAGUACUGCUGGUAUUUUGAUGGUGGAUACCCGAUAUACUUCAUAUGUCGCUCAUACGAGGACUGUUGCGGGACUCGCUGCUGUGUAAGAGCGCUUUCCAUCCAGAGACUCUGGUACUUCUGGGUGCUGCUGAUGAUGGGGGUGCUUUUCUGCUGUGGCGCCGGUUUCUUCAUCCGUAGAAGGAUGUACCCCUCAUCUCUGCGAGAUGAGCCUAACUUCAAUGUGUCUUUCACGAGGCACCCCGUCACCUCUCCAGUUUCCCAGCAGCCAGGAAGUAUGCAAGGCUUCGGCGUGAACGGGAUGACGGGCGCGGAUCCAACGCUUGCCAUGACGCACCCCGGGUACUCGUCACAGCCCGGCUCCACCCACAUGUUGCUGGCCUCCUAUCCGCCACCCCCGUCUUACUGCAACCACCCGCCGCCGUCCUAUGAACAAAUUUUCCACAAUGACGACAAGAAGUAACAUGCAAGCAGAAUAAGAAAGAAGUCCGCCAUUUGAUUGAACUGUUUAUGGGAGAACAGUGGAACACAGUUUGUUGUCCUGGGGAAAAGACUCUUUUAAAAAAAAAAAAAAAAAAAGGCACAGCAGUUCAAAUUGAGACCCACACAUUCAAUUGAAUUCACCAUAUAUACUUUGUUUUUGUUAUCAUUCGGUUGGAUCAGGUGUAUCCAGUCACCAGCUUCCUUUUGCCUCCUAACUGCACAAUGUAUAAUGGCAUUGAAAUGUAUCAUGGAAUAAAAAAGGGGGAUAGAAUUUGUGUAUUUUUCAAGUAUUUUUGACGAAUCAAGUUCCGAUUUCGGAAUGUUUGAAGCAAGGGGCGUAGAUUUGGUCUCAACAUUAGUAGGGACGAUAUAACUGGGGACGGCACAUUAAUAAGAACAAACAGAUUGGUUGAACGGGGAUCAGGGCUACAUUUCUCACGAAUAUGAACCUAAGCAAUUGAUAGGCUAAAUGAUCAAAAACAAAUCGGGAUUGACUUGAUACUAACUUUAAUGUGUAUUGGUUUAGGUGAUACAGCGUUCGAUUCAAGCCUUCGUUUUCAAAAACUAUUAACUAGGGUUCAGUAUGACACGAGGUCCAUGGAGUGCUGCUGGGUGUGCCAAGUACACUUCUGGUGCUCUUCGGUGUGGGGAUCA